AUGUGGAGCCCCGGCGGGAGCCUGCUCCAGGCACUCCCCCGGCUCCUGCAGCACGCCGCCCUCCAGGGCCGCGCCGAGCUGCCAGCCCGCUGGGCCACGCCGCGGGCGGCGGGCGGGGACGACGCGGCGGAUCGCCUCCCUCGCGGGGGCGGGGCGAGCGCGGCAGCGGCGGCGGCGGCUGCCUCCGGCGCCCUGCUCGGCGCCUAUCUGGAGCGCCACGGUCCGCCUGCGGCCUCGGAGCUGCCGGCGCCGGGCGGGGCCUUGGCGGGCGGCCCCGGGAGCGGCAGCGGCGGCGGCGUGGUGGUCGGCGUGGCGGAGGUGAGAAACUGGCGCUGCUGCUGCCUCGGCAGCACCUGUUGGUGCCGGAGCCUCGUGCUGGUGUGCGUGCUGGCCGCGCUGUGCUUUGCUUCCCUGGCCCUGGUCCGCCGCUACCUGCAGCACCUCCUGCUCUGGGUGGAAAGCCUCGACUCGCUGCUGGGGGUCUUGCUCUUCGUCGUGGGCUUCAUCGUGGUGUCGUUCCCCUGCGGCUGGGGCUACAUCGUGCUCAACGUGGCCGCGGGCUACCUGUACGGCUUCGUGCUGGGCAUGGGACUUAUGGUGGUGGGCGUCCUCAUCGGCACCUUCAUCGCCCAUGUGGUCUGCAAGCGGCUCCUCACCUCCUGGGUGGCCGCCAGGAUCCAGAGCAGCGAGAAGCUGAGCGCCGUUAUUCGCGUGGUGGAGGGAGGAAGCGGCCUGAAAGUGGUGGCGCUGGCCAGACUGACCCCCAUACCUUUUGGGCUUCAGAAUGCAGUGUUCUCGAUUACUGAUCUCUCCUUACCCAACUAUCUGAUGGCAUCUUCGGUUGGACUGCUUCCUACCCAGCUUCUGAAUUCUUACUUGGGUACCACCCUGCGGACAAUGGAAGAUGUCAUUGCAGAACAGAGUGUUAGUGGAUAUUUUGUGUUUUGUUUACAGAUUAUUAUAAGUAUAGGCCUCAUGUUUUACGUAGUUCACCGAGCUCAAGUGGAACUGAAUGCAGCUAUUGUAGCUUGUGAAAUGGAACUGAAAACCUCUCUGGUUCAAGGCAAUCAACCAAAUACCAGUGGCUCUUCAUUCUACAACAAGAGGACCCUAACAUUUUCCGGAGGUGGAAUCAAUAUUGUAUGACUCUAACAAAAUGUAUGAUUGUCAAGAGCUAGUGUGCUGUCCAAGGUCUAGUGGUCACCUUACUAGUGGGCAGAGACAAGUUCUAAUUGUAUUACGGCACAAACAAAACUGACUCGUUUUUAAAUUGCACAAUUUUUUUAAAGGAAGAAUCAUUUUCUGGAUAUGUAAGUGUAAACGUAGAUGCAAAUUUGGGCUGCACCUCUUUAUCGUUUAUUAUGCCCGCAAUGGCCUAUAGGUCUGCACUUUAGUGUUUUUUAAUUGUUUUCUUUCUGGGUACUUACGAACAAAGAAAUAACCCAAAUAUUUUUCUGCUUAGUGUCUUUAUUUAUAAAGUCCCUGAGUAGUUGUUUGCAUCUUCCCUACUUACAAUGAUGAGUAGAAGUAUGUAAUUUUAAAUGUAUGACAUUAUUUAGGUGUUCUUUGUCCUUUCCAGAAAAGAUAAUGUUUUGUUUUGUUUUGUUGUUUUAAGAGGGACCACUUUGCUUCCCUUUUCUUUACUAGUUAGAAUAUAGACAUUAACUUUGGGUUGAAUGUAUUUUUGCAAGCAUCAUUGCAGGGCCAUUUACACCUAUUCACACAAGCUUAAAUCCUACAUUGUGGGACUGAAGUGCUCUUAAGAUACCUUUUUAUUUUCACUGUGUAAUAUGCAAGGCAAAAGGGAAAUUAUUUAAUGGAUGGUGGCUCAAAUUAGAACUCAAGUUCUAAUUCCAUUACAUUGGCUUUACGCUCAUUAGAUCUUUCAUCAAAGGGCUGUCCCAUUGCAGUCUUACUAAAAAAUUUUAGUAAAGUAAAUUUCUUUUUCUUUUUAUAUUCAUCAUUAGGCUUUGAGAUAAAGAUCUACUCUUUUAAAAUGAUGGGCUUUCCAUCAUUAAAGAUGUCACUCAGGUGGCCUUGUUUGAUCAAAUCGCCUUUUUAAAAAACCAAGCUUUAAAAUCAUGUUUAUAAUACCACCGAAUUACAUAUAUAUUUGUCCCCAUAGUCUUCAGCUUUAAAACUAUAAAUGUAAUAUUGACUUAAUACCCAAAUUUGUAUUAUUUGCCCUACUAUAACGUAGGUUUAUUUUGUUUGUUUUUUGGUACUUGUUUUUCUCUGAUAAGACUCAGGAAUUCUGAAAUGUGAAAUUAAGUCUCAAUUCUUUCUCUUGUAUCAUGAAUUGAGUGUAUUUAUUAAUAGCACUUAGGAGUAUAGCAUACAGUAAUUUGGCAUAUGAUCCAUAUGACAUAUGUAGUAUUCAUUUAUCAUCUUAUGUUUUUAAAAUGGGUUGUGAACUUAAUGAUUAGGUUUUUACAACCCAGAUUAUAGACAUGAAUGCACAUUUUCUGGUUGGUGUCUUUUUUGGCUAUGAAGAGUCUACCUUAUCAGAGACCUCCCAUUUGCCUUUUCCUCAGGGUAAAACCUUUGCCCUGAUUUACUAAAGUUGAAAAGAGUUCUUUUGGGAGCAGGUUAUUCUAGUCUUAUGCUAGAGAAUGCAUUGCAUUUAAUCAUUUUAAUGUAUAAGUUUUUUGCCCUAUUGCAGUCAUAAUUGUUUUCCUUUCCUCUAUAAUGCAUAAAUUUUCUCACCUUUGGGUAAUGGUGAAGUUCACUUACAUGUCAAUGCCAAGAAGACCUGAGUGCAAGUGAUCUUAGAGGCACCUGGGUCUAUAGUACUUAAUUGGCCUCCAGUCUUUCUUUCAUUGAUAGAAAAAAAAAUAUAUAAUACUGGAAUAUUCUUAUUCUUUUUUUAAAUCCUAAUUGUUUAGGUGUUUUUAUUUUUUAAAAGAAUUUGUUUAAUAAUCCCAGUGAACAAUAUGUUUGAUUUAUUCUUUUCUAACUUGACAAUAUUUUUCUUGUGCUUCUUGUUUGUUGGUUAGUUUUUGUUAAAGGAAUCAUUUACGAUCACUACUUUCAUACUUGUGUUACACUUCAUGUAUUUUGAAGUGCAUUUAUUUACUUAGUAUUUUGUAACUUGAAUAAUUUCACCAAAUGAAUCCCUUUUGGUAGUUUGUAAUGAGUUCUCCCAGUUGUUGCAUUUUGUUUCAUACUUAAAUAUGUAAAGGUAGAAGAGAAAUAAAUUUUCUGUAUUCUGCCCAUCAUAAUUUUAUAUAAUAAAAUCAUCCAUUUUUACUUAAAA